UUCGCUCUGGUACAAAUUCAGAAGCACAUGGAAAAAUGCCCAAUCUCUGUGUCUUCUAGUCUAGGGUUUUGAGAACCAGUGAGUAAUGUGUCUGAUUCUAGGGUUUUUGCAGUGUCGAACUGUCCCGAGAUCGAGCUGUGUCUGAAGAUUAAGCUCGUGAGAUUUGAAUCAGAGACGAAGAUUUUAACCUGUCUCAAGCAAUGUACAGUGGUUCGAGUGAUGGUGAAGGCCACGAAGCAUCGGCACCGAGGAAGAUUCCACCGCCGUCGUCCAUGUUGUGGGUCAGAAAUCUCCGCCGCUACAUCGGAUCCGGCGCUGGUCUCGGCUCCGAAGCCUUGAUGGAGCUUGAGACAAAGAGAAUCUUGCUUGAUAUAUUCAAAGAGAAGCAACAAAAGAGUGCUGAAGCUGGAACAAUUCCGAGCUUCUAUAAGAAGAAACCUGAAGAAGGUUCCAUCAGUCACAGGGUCCAGAGGCUGGCUAAAUAUCGUUUUUUAAGGAAGCAAUCUGAUCUUUUGCUAAACGCUGAUGAUCUGGAUGCUAUGUGGGUUUGCUUAAGAGAAAAUUGUGUGAUUGAUGAUGCCACUGGUGCUGAAAAGAUGAAUUAUGAAGACUUUUGCCACAUUGCCUCUGUAUGUACAGAACAAAUAGGCCCUAAAUGUCGACGUUUUUUCAGUCCUUCAAAUUUCAUGAAGUUUGAGAAAGACGAGUCGGGAAGAAUUGCCAUUCUGCCCUUUUACCUUUAUGUGAUGCGCACGGUUUCACUUACACAGGCCAGAAUUGAUAUGAGUGAGCUUGAUGAAGAUUCUGAUGGUUUCCUACAAUCUCAUGAAAUGGAGGCUUAUAUACGAGGCCUUAUUCCUAAUUUGGCACAACUUCGGGACAUGCCUACAGCCUUUAUUCAAAUGUACUGCCGCAUAGCUGCACACAAAUUUUUCUUCUUUUGUGAUCCUCAUAGACGAGGAAAGGCAUGCAUAAAGAAGAUUCUGCUUAGUAACUGUCUCCAGGAACUAAUGGAACUACACCAGGAAAGUGAGGAAGAAGUCACUGACACUGAACAAGCUGAAAACUGGUUUUCAUUGACAUCUGCCCAACGCAUAUGUGAUAUGUUUCUUGCCCUUGAUAAAGAUAUGAAUGGAACAUUGAGCAAGCAGGAACUUCGAGAAUAUGCAGAUGGGACUCUGACAGAUAUUUUCAUUGAGAGGGCAUUUGAUGAGCACGUCCGCUCUGGAAAAAGUGGAGGAAAUAAUGCUCGGGAGAUGGAUUUUGAGAGUUUUCUCGACUUUGUUCUGGCCCUAGAAAACAAAGACACUCCAGAGGGGUUAACUUAUUUGUUUCGUUGUCUUGAUCUCCAUGGAAGAGGAUUCCUCACAACAGCUGAUAUUCACACGCUUUUCAGAGAUGUGCACCAGAAAUGGAUUGAGGGAGGGAACUAUGAGCUAUGCAUCGAGGAUGUAAGAGAUGAAAUUUGGGAUAUGGUGAAGCCAGCCGACCCUCUGAGGAUCACACUGGCUGAUCUACUGGCUUGCAAACAGGGCGGGACCGUUGCCAGCAUGCUUAUAGACGUGCGUGGUUUCUGGGCCCAUGACAAUAGAGAGAAUCUUCUCCAAGAAGAGGAAGAGCCAGAAGAAGAAUAACAGAUGCAUUGGAGAGAGUUCAUUGGAACCGUCUCUGUACUAACACGAGUUCUAAGAUUUGGGCUUGUAAUUUUCACCGAUGGGGAUGUGUUGCUGCAUUGCUUGCUGCAACUUCACAAGGUGAGUUUGUCUUAUGUUAAUGUUGUACAAGAACAUCUGUGGUAGUGUUGGAUUGGAAUCGCAGGGCACAAAAACUGAAGGAUCAUUUUGAAAUCUCGAUGCUACUGGUUAUUACCCGGUGGAGGUGUGGCUCUAGUAAGACUUUAAUUCGAAAAAUGAUUUAGAAAUUGUUUAUGUCCAAGUUUGUUUUGUGUCUUUGAUUUUAAUAUUGUACCCUUUGCCAAAAUCCAGUUUGAAACAUUAUCUUGGGUGCCAGUCUAUAUUGCCAAUAGUGAAAUACAGUAGCUUCAUAGAUUCCAUCA